AUGGCAUCUGAAAGGUUGCAGACUAGGGACAAACUUGUGAAGUUUGGGGUCUGUGAGGAAGAUACUUGUAUGUUGUGUGAUGCUGGGAAAGAAGAUCAGCAACAUUUGUUCUUUGAGUGCAUCUACAGCAGGAAGUGCUUGCAAGCUAUUAAAGAGUGGCUGGGGAUUCAUACCACAUCCAGAAACAUAGUGCAGAUUCUGGAUUGGACUAGGAGGAGAUAUAGAGGUAGUAAUUUCAGAAGGAAGGUAGUCAGGGCUGGUAUUAUAGCUGUGGUGUACAAAAUAUGGCAAGAAAGAAAUAAUGUGCUGUGGAACUCACAAGUUCGAACUAUUGUUUCUGUUGUAAAUGAUGUAAAGUAUAUAGUAAAAGAAAGAGUUAGGACUAGAUUGGGGAAAAAAGUGAAAGAUAGAGAUGUUGUAUGGCUGCAGAGCCUAUAA